AUCUCUUAUGGUCAAUUGAGAUCUUACUUUUCAACAAACAAGUAGUCAGACUGAUCAAGAUGAUAAUCCAGUAAAAGCCAACAUGGCUCCUGAACAUAGCGGGUUCAUAGAAGAAUAUCCGCUCAUACGAGUGGAUAAGUUUACUGGAACGCUUUCCAAAUUACCGGAAUGGUUAAGUACUUCAGCAAGAGAAGAUCUACCGUCUUUUGCAAGUCAUUAUUCACCUCCUCACAUUCAAUUACUAUCUCAUCCACAUACGGAUCAUUUGGUUGGACUAUCUUCUUUAUCACAACAUAGUGCGCCAAUUUAUUGUUCGGAAACAACAAAACGUUUACUUUUAGCAUUAGAACGUAAAGAAGAUCGAAUUCGAUUUGAUGAAGGAAAGAUAACGACUCGCAAAAGACCUUAUAGACAUUUACGUAGAACGGAAAAAGAAUGCAAUGCACUCAAUGCACAAACUGGCAUUCAUGCCUUGACACCUUGGGACCUUUUGAUUCCUUUACCGUUUGAUAAACCAAUUCAAAUUCAAUAUAAUGCAAACACAAAGAUUCGUUUAACGCUAUUACCGGCUAAUCAUAUGCCUGGAAGUACAAUGUUCUUGAUCGAAGGUCCAAGAGGUGCUGUUUUGCAUACCGGUGACUUGCGUGCCGAACAAAACUUCGUUCAAGAUUUAAUCGCUAAAACUCAUCUUGGUCGACUUUCGAUUGUGCCAAGCCCUUUUAUGAGUUCUCCUACAUGGCCGAUGAAUGUCAUUUCACCAAGCAUACAAUCUCAAGGGAUUGCUAAAUCACCUUCUGAUUGUGGAUCUGAUUCAAAGCUUGAAUCUGUUUAUUUGGAUACAGAACGAAUAAUGGAUAGUCAAGAACCACUUCCACGUUCAAAAGCGAUCAAUGAUGUCUUAGAACUCAUUAAGCUUUAUCCAACUUCAACAUCUUUUCAUAUCGAUCUUUGGACUUCAGGUUAUGAACAAUUUUGUGUAGGCCUUUAUAAAGCUUUUGCGGCUGAAGAAGAAGGUUUGAUUCAUAUCGAUCGUUAUAAAGCUGAAUUGUUUGAAAUCAUGGCAAAUGGAGAAGCAGAAUUUGCGUCUCUGGCUGACAUGGUUCAUCAAGAUAAACAAAAGUGCGGUCGAUUUUGCAUAUCCGACAAUCCAAGUUGCAUACAACGAGAAGGUGUGAUCCGCAUUAAACCGCAUGAAAGUAUAUGCGUGGAGAAAUGGCAAGAGAAGCGUUUAGAGCUUAUCGAACAAAUCAAACAAGCAAGAAAAGGGAAAAUUGAGUUUCCAACAGAACUACCAUUACCAAUUCAACGUCACUCACCGCUGCCAGAACUGUACAAGAUGAUCGCAUCGCUGAGACCACGUCAUUUGAUCGCAAAUACAGCCACGCCUACUGCUCGAUUUAUAUCUGCUCGAAUGAGUGAGAACAUUGGACUAGCCGGAGCAGGCGAAGCUGAGGAAAGACAACGCAAUUCUACUCGAAAGUCGAAUGCUGAAGAUGCAGAAGAAGAUGAUCGUAAGUGGCAAGAAUUCAGUAAAGUUUGGCAAAGUACUGAAGUCGAAGAUCCAACUUCUAUUGAAUCAAGAAAGCUAACUCAAGCAGAAGCAUUCUUUGAGCGAGUUUCGCGCUUUCGAACGAUCUUGUAUGGCCAGAAAAAGAUGGACUCAGAAAGACUGCUAUUGGAAUGUCUCGACGCAGCCAGUGAUGAAUUUCCACAUGAUCCUCUACCGCCUGCGUCUGCUUCUGUGUUAUGUCCAUCGUCCAGUCGGGAUAACGUCCAGCAAAAUCCACUUUCCACAAGAAAGGCCAAGAUUUGGGAAGCACCCGGAAAGUAUGCCUCUGUCAACGCAUCACCUUUUAUGACCGCUGCAAUGCGUGAAGCAAGAAGCUCUUCUACCACCACGUCAAAUACACCAAUUCGAGUAUCUUCAGCUGAUCAAAACAAUGUGCCAACCCUGACCACUGAACUUGCAUCUCGUUACUUAGCAUAUGCUGCCAUGUAUCUUGGAUGGAAAAUUCGUAAUCCGUCUCAUUAUCGUCAAGAGAUGGCAUGGAGAGCGAUACGCAAGGUAAAGCCAGUAUUGGCAAAACAGACGGAAGAAGCCCUACAAAAAGAAUUAGGAUGGGCAAUCCCACCGUGGGAUGAAGUAUCCUUCUCGUCAAUAUCGAUUCAGCCAAAUGUGACUGAAACCAGUAUUGCAACUCAAGCACCGCCCACACCUUCUACACCUUGUCCAUUGCCAUCGCAUACCAUUGCUCAGUCGAUCUCACCUCUGGAAUUGGGCAGAGGCGCAAAAGCACUUCAAAGUCAAUUAGCUCGCGAAGCUGAAAGUCAGCAAAGCUUAUUCAGCGACGAUCUUGAAAGUAGUCAAGGAGACGGGAUGAAUGAUAAUCAAGAAGAAAUUCAGCUCGAAAGGCUAGAAUCUCCUCCUUGUGCACAACGCUACCAAAGAACACAACAUACGAUUCAUCUCACUUUGUCACAGCUUCGCGAGACUGUUCAAUGUCUUCGAACAGGGAAUGUCUUGCCAGCUUUUCGUGCGAUUGGUCAUUCUUGCUUUGAUUCGAUCAUCGAUGAAUGGCUCACCGCCAACAAAGCACCUUCUUUUUCCCAAUCUAGGAGAGGUAGAAGCCCAUCAAUUGACGGCGAAAGGAUGCGAUGUCAAUUGGAUCUAAUCGGUGUUGCAGCUAAAAGUCAACGUGCUCGAAGAUUGCUCGGAUGGGAUAGUGUUGAUUUGCGAAAAGCACACUAUGCCCUUAGAGCAAUAUUUGAAGAGCACCCAGGUAUUUCAUCACCUUCCCUUCAUAUCGCUGUUCCACAUGCCAAAAGGGCAAAGAUCGUAUUGCGCUAUCUCCAGCCCCAUCUCACGUAAUGGCCACUUUGUACAAUACCCCACCAUUGCUCCAUCUACCACUUGUAGUUUACCAUCAACUGUAUUUUUAUGCAU